AUGACGAGCAUUCAAUUCGAGAAGUUCCAUGACAUGGUCAACAGCAUGGUCGACAGACUGAUCGCGCAGUCCUACUACGACGAGCUCCCAGGCGACCCCGACAAGGCACGGCGGAACCUCAACAGCUUAGACUCUGCUUGGACUGCGAUCCGCAUGCUCCGCUCAGAAGGCUACCCAAGAUACAAUCAUCCGAGUGUCGACCCGGCUGGAAGUAAGCAAUCGCGAGACCAGCUGGGCGAUAUGAUCCGGAACCUCUUCGCCACGUGGGACGAAGGGAAGGCGGCAAAACCCAAGUUCCAGGUCGCUAAGAUCUGCUACAACCUGCUUGUCUGCCCCCACCCGCCGAGCAUCCACCAUUAUAAUCUCUUGCUGGCGGGCUUCAUGAGAAAGAAGAUGCACAACCUCGCGGACAUUGUGACUGAGUCGCUUCUGGAACACAGCCGUCUUCGGCCCACGACACAGACGAUUGUCUGCCUCCUGAUCCAUUACCGGCAAAAAAAAGAUAUACAUGGGUUCUACAACAUCAUCCGCCGCAUGACGGCCAUCGACAAUCGAGGCUUGCUUAUAAGGCGCAGGUGGUAUGCGGAUGUGGUCAAGAUACCAGCCUUGCAUCAGUGGGCAAACAAACCUGAAGUGACCACGUCUCUGAAGGCGAACUGGGUUAUUGAACGGCCGGGUCGGAGUCAGGACAUAUACGAGGCACUGGUCUCGGGGCUGCUGAGUUUUGGUCGCGUCAAGGACGCCGUCAAGGUCUUUAUCGGCUCCCUUCAGGAGGGUGUAGGGACGAGCGUGGAGUUGUUUACGUACCUGCUGAAGCAAUGUCUGUACACGAUUGAUGUCUCUGCAGCGGACAUAUUAGUCCGAGGGCUCAUUGAUAAUACUUCGCUCGUGGUGUCGUUGAUUCUCAGGAGCAACUGUCCAAGGAGGCUGGCUGAGCAGCUCUACCCAAUCCUCAACAUGGGCAAGCCACCUAGCUGGCCCUUUUCCAAAGAACGGGCACAGAUGGCUUGGUCCUCGGCGGUGACGGCGGUAUCUCCCCAGGACAAGGGCAGAAUCCGGCUCCUCACCACCGCCCUCUUUAUACGGCAGGCCGAAACCCAGCUGAGUCGGCUGCACAAGGCUAUCUAUCGCGCCAGUUACAUGUUGGGCGUUGAACAUGCCGUACAGAGGACGACGAUUGCUCUCUGCGGGAUCACCGAACUCAACGAGCUUCAGCGACACCACCAGAGAGUGGCGGCGCGUCUAUUAAAACACCAGUCGCUGCUUAAGAUGACUAGACUC